AUGAGCCAGACUCUCACCUUUGCUGAGCUGGUCAACCUGGCUAUUGGGACACCAGAACUGGGCAAUGUCAAUUUCAAUGCCCUCCAUUUCUUACUACACAGCAUGCUGGAACGUUUAAAUCUGCAAGAUGUGAAGAAAGAAAUUUCUGAGGAUGAGCAAGACUUUCUCAAGCCACCUUCAAGUAUCAUUGGUUCUAGAGCAACUUCUGAAUCAGACCCACCAGUGAGGAGGUCCAGUUCGAUCUUCCACCAGAUGCAUGACAGAAUUGUCCUGAUAGAGAAGCAGCUCCAGUUCUUGAAUGGUUCACCCUCCACUGAGGAACUGCUGGUCCGUUCUCAGGAUGGCAUAUUUGCCAAUCCUGCCCAGGACAUGUGGCAGCUGAUACAGCUGAAGAAGAAGAUGGAAAUGAAUGAGGAAGGAAUGUCCAAGGCCAUGAACACUCUGCAGGAUUUGCUGAACAACAUCUGUGCUCUGAAAGCCAGCACCCACAACUUCAAGGAAGAGCUGAGGCAUCUGAAAGUCGACUUACAGAAACUUAAUAUCGACAAAAUACAGGAACAACUUGCACAGCUGGAUAAUCAGGCCAAAGCGUUGGAGGAAAUCAGGCAGCAAAUGGGCCACGUGAAGACAACGACCAGCUCAUUGUCAGACUUCUCGGACUUGGUGCAGUGGAGUUCUCUUUGUGAAAUGCUUCUGGGCAAGAGUUUUCCAGAUGUGGAGAGAGAGGCCAGAGACAGAUCAUCCAAGGAGAUGCUCGGUUCUUUGGGGCAGCUGCCUGUGAAACACAAGGAGCUCACAGCCAAAGUUACUCAGUUGGAAGAGCAGCUUAAGCGCCAAGCAGAGCUGCUAGAACAUUAUGAAACCCCAGCUGACCAUGGUGAAGAACUGAUGUCGCUGCUGAAGCGCAUGAAUGCCCUGGAGACUCAGGAUCAGCAGGGGAAGGAGUCUCUAAGAGGCAUCCUGGAUCAGUUGCCAAAGCUGAAACAACGGUGCGAGAAACUGGAGGAUGCGGUGGACAAGCUGAAGAGGAACGCGGCCAACAUCCAGAACAUAGAAAAUAUGUUGGAGCAACUGGACGUCACAAAAGCUGACAAAGCCUUAAUCCAGGAGGAGAUGAAUGUGAAAGCUGACAAGAGUGCACUGGAGGCCAAGGUGAACCACAUGGAGCUGACGCUGGCCACUGCCCAGCUAAGUGAAAUGAUGCAGGAGCUGCUGCAGAAGAUGUCCCUCCAGGACAAGGACUGGCAAAAGGUCUUGGAGAAGCUCUUCGCUGAUAUGGAUGGCAAGCUAGACCGGAUGGCCCUGGACCCCGUGAGCAGGCAGCUGGAGGAAGUGUGGCAGUUCAUCAAGAAGUACCUGAGUGAGGGCCCUCGCUUUGAUGCAGAUAGUGCGGCUGGCUUUCGGAAGCAACUCUUUGAGAGAGUGAAGUGCAUCUCCUGUGACCGGCCAGUGACCAUGAUGACCGGCCCGCAUCUGGUGACGGUCCGCAAGGCCACGCUGAGGCCUCGGCCUGCCAGUGCGAAUGGUUAUGAGUACCUGGCACGGAAGCAAAAAAGGGACCCGGAGACAAAUGAAGCAACCAGCAAUCAGCCUCCCCAGACUUGCUGGCAGUGCCAAGCUCACCAUCAGACGUGCACUAUCAAGCGACUGUCCAAGUCGCAGGACUUUGCUACCCUUUACCCCUACGGAGACCCUACCGUCCUUACUUAUGACAAUGCCGAGGUGGACAUUCUGGGUGUAAAUGGCGUUCUCUACAAAGGCCGUGUGAAUGCGCAAACUGCAGAGCGGACUCUUGCUGUGCAGAAGGAAUUCUUAGGUAUAAAGCCUCCCCGGCCCCCUUCUGGCCUCCGGAUGGAGAGGGCCCGCUCAGCCAUAGCACAUGUCAGUUACGUGUCACCCUAUGCCUCCUCCACCAUCCGUCGGAUUGGAUCUGCAAUAGGAACCCACCGCCAGCCACCGACCCCAGAGACCAUGGAUGGUGUGGUCCGUGGGAACACCAGCCUCAGCCAGCACAGCUUCCGGAGCGGUGGGGGGGUUACAGGCAUGUGAACUGCCAGUGAUCUCAGCGGCAGCUCCCCGACCUUUUGUCCCUCCCUCUAGCCCCCUCUCACCCUUUCCUAUUAAAUCUCCGGUGCCCCCUGCAAGCAGGGCCAUGACAGGAAGCAGCUCCAGGGCGUUCCCUCUAGGCUCCUACAAGGUAUGUCUCAGCAGUGGCAGUGGGGCAAGACUCAAACCCCACACUUAGCAGGGUGUCUUCUGGCAGUCAGCCUUGCUUUUGACCUCAGCUAAUGGAGGUGGGGGCUGGCAAAGGGUGGUGUUGGCUGGUCAGGAAGAGACUGCCCUCAUCAACUGCCAGGAGGGUCCAUGGAAAGCACCUGGUGGGAUUUUGGCCCUGAGGAGAAGCUGGCAGCAGCAUGAUGGGCACUUGGACUGAAUGGCUACUCUCCCCCUGGACAAACUGGACUCUGCAACUGCUCCUGGUUCCACAUCCCCCACCCCUGCAAGCAGCUGGGACUUGAGCAAGAUUUUGUGGAGGAAGGAAAUCUCUAUAAAGAUCAUU